CGGCACGUAAAGUUUCGUUGGCUGAUAGCGUCACCCAUGACGACAGACACUUCUAUUUUCGCAUAUUACUUGUAUUCUUUGGCCUGGAGCAAAAGACACUUUUCUCUCUUCUCACUUCUCACUUCUCACUCGACGUCAAAGCCCAACGUUACGGUUGAAUUUCGGAGGUGGCUUCGCACCUUGCCAAAUUUCUUUUUGCAACGGCACAGACCCUUUUAACAAAUGAGAUACAUUUAUCGCAAGUGUCGCGCAAUUGAUAAUCCGCCGAUCGCGUACUAGAGCUGUACUAUUACAAGAUCACAAGGUUACGAGUGGCCAGAUACGGGAUUCUCAAUUUUGUAUUAUCGCGUCUGGUUAGACCGUAAGAAGCACGAGGAAGCACUCGAUCGCGUCAUCGGGUUUGUUUGUGUUGCUGCGCGAAACGCCGCGCUCCCUCUAACGGUAAUAUCGGCUUUCCGCGCUGCUCGACACUGUACACCCUCUCUGCGGAACGCCUCGUGCGUAACGCUAGACGUCUGUUCGGGUUAGAUUUAAACUUAACGUACGUGCCAAAUCGGUCAGUAGUUGCGCCUCCUGAAAUUCGUUUUCGAUCGCUGAGCAAUUUCGCACUUGUGGCUUCUACAGAUUUAGGAAUGAAGCGACCUCUACGAUGGACGCAAAUAGAGUAUCUUGAAAUGGCGUUUUAUCCAUGGCUAUUUUAAACGGUGACCAUUACAUACUCCUGAUAUAGCAAACACUUAUCUAAUUAAUAGCCAUUAGCCGAAGCUUCCUGAUGUAUUGCUCGCCAAGAAGAUGGGGGUUAGCAUUCAUUAGAAGUCGCAUGCUCUCUUUGGAGAACGGAGAUGCUGCGCGCUUCACGGGUAACGUGGACCAUCCUAUUAUCGAUCAAUCGAAAAUCACCACACACGCAUUGGAGUGAUUAGAAUAAUUGAUGCUGGAUCGACCUUGUCUAGGGUUCCCAUAGAGUUCCAUAGGGUUCCUCCGUAUGGCUCCAUCAGAGAUAUAACGAAGAUUUUCAUUGUUCCUUUUUAAGUCAAAGCGAUUGCACUAAGAAAGUAGUAAACGCCCGUCCCCUUCCUCUUAAUCUCCAAUCUCAUCAUCGGGUUUAUCCGUAUCGUUCGACGACUACAGCGUACGGCACUCCGAUUCUAUUAGCUCGUCUUGGCACAGAUCCCAACAUAGAGAGCUACGUAGGGCUGGCUCGACAUAGUCUUUCCCGUACUUUCCAAUCGUAUGUGCCUCUCCUCUCUUGUUCCGACCACACCGUUUCUCUUCUUCUUCUUUUUUCUAUAAUAUUCAAAAUCCUUAAGCUUAUGGAAUUUCUUUUCUGAGAAUGCUAUCUCGAUUUCAGUGCUGCCGGUGGUGUCGUUGCUGAUGACAGUGACAGUAAAUCAAUAUAGAAAUCGUGUUUCCGGAGGUUUGAAGAAAGCUUAAAAACUCAAAGGCUCGAAAUCGUUUUAUCGUUUACAUAUAAACAAUCCCUCUCCCUUCCUCGUUAAGCCCCAUAUGAUUUCCCUAUAAAAAUAAAUGAAGAUGGCCACGCUAUGCAGAUAGCCUGCGAGGUGUGAUCGAUUGAUAAAAGGCCCGCUGAGUGAAUUUAAACAAACGGUGCCUUAAUUCGGCUGCCUAGCAGAGGAGCGAACGUAAAUUUAUAAACUGCACGCUACUUGCGACGCGCACCUCGCGCUCGCGAGCAACUUUCGUGCGCGCUCCUUCAGUGAUGAUCCUUCAGCCUUCGUCGCUCUGUCGCCUCAGCCGCUCUUCGGCUGUCUCGUAAGAGACGCCGUGACAGGACCGCCAAGGCAUUCGGGCUCCGACGUCCCGAUGCUGACUGCCAUUAUGAGUGCUGCGAAGGCGAUUGCAUUGAGCACGAAUGAGAAGGGAUUGAACGUGGAGAAGAGACGGGAAGCCUAGGAUGGGCCUAGGAUCGGCCUAGGAUCGGCCUAGGAUCGGCCUAGGAUCGGCCGCCGGGUGUCUUCGGGGUGCCUCCAAGGCCAUCUCCGUCAACGUCCACACUGUCAUCGUCGUUACUACGAAUUACGAUACCGAUAGAUAUGGGCUCAGUGAAUUCGCUGGCAAGAUGAGUCCCGCGGGACCGACGCAAGGGGACUCGAAGAUGGAAGUGCGAGUUUCGUGCGUGGCGUCGCCCGGCGCGGAGCCUCAGGGAAUUCGUGUCAAGAUCCCGCAACCGAAGAGGAGGAAGGAAUCGGCGGUGGGUCAGGCGAGUCCUUCCUCGGAGACGCGAGAGACACGCGAGAGGAUCAGGGAGAUGCGAUCCCGGUGUCCCUCGGUACCGGAAAAAGACUUUUUUCGCAAAAGUGCCGCGUCCUUCGAGAAGCGCGAGAGAUCCGAGAGGCAUCCGACUCUCCCUGGGGCUGAAUUUAAGAGAGGACUAGAUGCUCUCGUUAACCUCGUGGACUCUGGAAGCGCAACCGACGUUUGCGCUCGAGCAAAGCCUCGACGUAAUCCGAUGCUCGAUCGAAAAUACCGCUUUCCAACAAUAAGCGGAACCGAGCUCGAGCGAGUCUUCGCCAUUGGCAGGUGUCCCCUCGAGGAUGGCCUGGACCUCAGUCUGGCACCGUGGCCGGGUAUGAAGUGGGCCUGCGUCAGGGUUCUUCAUCUCUACUGUAAGGUCUUUGACCAGUUUGAACUUUUCGAGCUGAUCGUUAGAAAAAACUGCACUAGCUGCAAGUGCCCGAGAGAAGCGCACGACGUAUGUCACGAGGAAUGGGUUUCCGUGAGAGCGAGGCUGGGUUUGAAGGCAGAUUCAUCCGGGGGCCCCGUUCCGUUCGACCCAAGGGACAGGGGCCUGGUCUGGGCUCCACCGGGACUUCCAUCUCAUAAGGUAGAAGAGUACUUCUCGAUGCUGCCAGAAAUCAUGGUACCAAGACUAGGAAGCCCCGGUGAACGAUAUCGAGAUCGUCAAUUGGCAAUCCAGUUGCCGAAGCAGGACCUUGCCAGAGCCUACUGCCGUCACCUCGAGCCCCAACAUUCCACGAGCGCCGAUGACUUCAUGGCGGCGAGGAACGAGAUCGCAUUGGAUAUCGGCACCGUCCAGGAGGUCGCGGAGAGACGCCUUGAGUGCGGUGGCUGUCACAACCCUCUUAACUACGGCACACUCGCAGUUUCUGCGAGUAAACUGGGCCUACUCUACCAUCCGGCCUGUUUUCAGUGCACACAGUGCAGAGAACUUCUUGUCGACUUGGCUUACUGCGUGCACGACGAUGCGCUGUACUGCGAACGACACUACGCCGAACAGCUGAAACCCAGAUGCGCUGCCUGCGAUGAGUUGAUUUUCAGCGGAGAAUACACGAAGGCAAUGAACAAGGACUGGCACAGUGGACACUUUUGCUGUUGGCAAUGCGACGAGUCGCUAACUGGUCAACGCUACGUCCUCAGAGAUGAACAUCCAUAUUGCAUCAAGUGUUACGAGAGUGUCUUCGCGAAUGCAUGCGAGGAGUGCAAUAAGAUCAUCGGCAUUGAUUCGAAAGAUCUCUCGUACAAGGAUAAGCACUGGCACGAGGCUUGCUUCCUCUGUAACAAGUGCAGAGUCUCCCUGGUGGACAAGCAAUUCGGAAGUAAGCUCGACAAGAUCUACUGCGGCAACUGUUACGACGCUCAGUUUGCCAGCCGCUGCGACGGCUGCGGCGAAAUCUUUCGUGCUGGUACCAAGAAGAUGGAGUACAAGACGAGACAGUGGCACGAGAAGUGCUUCUGCUGUGUCGUUUGCAAGAAUCCCAUCGGAACGAAGAGCUUCAUUCCGCGCGAACAGGAAAUUUAUUGCGCCGGAUGUUACGAAGACAAGUUCGCAACCCGCUGCGUCAAGUGCAAUAAGAUCAUCACCAGUGGCGGCGUCACUUACAAAAACGAGCCCUGGCACAGAGAUUGCUUCACCUGCAGCAACUGCAGCACCUCCUUGGCUGGUCAACGAUUUACCUCUCGCGACGAGAAGCCCUACUGCGCCGACUGCUUCGGGGAGCUCUUCGCCAAGAGGUGCACCGCCUGCACCAAGCCGAUCACCGGUAUUGGCGGCACGCGAUUCAUAUCCUUCGAGGAUAGACACUGGCACAAUGAUUGCUUUAUCUGCGCCGGAUGCAGGACUUCCUUGGUUGGUCGUGGCUUCAUUACGGACGGCGAUGACAUCAUUUGUCCCGAGUGCGCUAAGCAGAAGCUCAUGUAAGAAGAAGGAAGGAUGGAAGGAUGGAAGGAUCAGAGGUACUUGGCUGGAGCAAUGCAGCCUCAAGCCCAGGAUCACCACGUAUCCUCGCUACCGUUUUGUGCCCUUUGAGAUACGCCUUUGUCACCGCCAACCCUCGUCCUCCUCCUCGUCCCUCUUCAGUCGACUACUUAAACGAAGGACACCAUCAUUCACAUCAGACCUACGAAAAUUGCGAGGAGACACGCUUACCUGCAUCCAAGUGUUGUAACGAAAAUUUUAAUUCUUCUUUAAUCUCAUAUUAGAUCGAACGCCGAUCUGUAUCCGAGCAGCUUUCUAGGAGUUACUUGCAAUUUAACAAUCAACGGCAGAGUCUACGGUAUAAAGUGUAACUGUCACUUGUAUUGCAAUUAGUUAUUAUCUGUGCGACAUUACGAAUUCUAACAAAUAAUAAUGUGAUUCAUCGCCUGUCGGGUGCGAUACUCCUCAAAGUCUCGUCGUAAAGCGUCAGAGUCGAUCGAAACAACACGAAUGCCUUAUAGAUCAUACCUCAAGAAUCAAUAACUCGGCACUGACCGUUUCGCGAGAAUAUUCGUUGCGACAGCGCGUUGUGACGUUAGUCGGUACGCGAAUAAAAUGUGUUGGCUUUUUUUUUUUUUUUUUUUUGAUAGUUUGAAGACACUGAAUUAAGCGACUAGCAAGGUACACGUGGUUCUUCAUAAAAUUUAUGUUACAAACUACGCAUGCGCAUUGGUUCGCACUGAAAUAUAUUGUAUUUGUCUCUUUUUUAACAUAUAUUUUAGUAAUUUGACGAACUACCGCGUGUAAAUAGCUAAGGCUUUCCUUGCUUUCCAUCUGUCAAAAAGAAAAACAAAUUUUACCCAUGGAUUGACUAUGGUAUAUAUUUAAACAAAGUUCUAUAUGCAUAUAUUUUAUUUAACUGAUUCUCUCUCUCUCUCUCUCUCUCCUUCUCUUUCUCUGUUUUAUUCUCUCUCUCACUCGCAUCUUGCCCUCUCGAUCUGUUUCUUAUGUUCUUCUCUCUAUUGGUCUGUAAUCAGUAAAGUACAUGUACCGGCGUCAAUUAUGGGAUAACUCAUUCAGAGAUGCGGUAUUGGCAUGGUCUUGUACCUACCAACUGUCGAUCGUGCGAUUCGACGGGAUCUUCUAGAAUUGCCGCUAUUUAUAGAAGAGUAAUAGAGUCAUCUUCAUAGUCGCUCGCACGAAUCAUGAUUUACACUCUUUUUUUUUAACAUAUAUUUACGCACACGUACAUACACACACAUGAAACCAUACAUGAGCACACGCGGACUUACACUUACACUUACACUUACACUUACACUUACACUUACACCUACACCUACACCUACACCUACACACCAACACUCGCACUCGCACUUGCACUUACACACUUACACUUACCCACGCGAGCAUUCGCCGCGCGCCCAAAUAACACGCAUAAGAGACGCUACACAAACACAAAACAUAGGGGACAAAAAGAGUGCAUACGACAAACUAUCUGUGGCCUUAUUCACACAAAUCACACGAGACACGUGAUUAAUUAAUGAUAUAAGACAUGAUGUUAUCCAAUGCGCUAAAAAUGAAAAAUAUAUAACGCAAUUAGGAAAAAAAAAAAGAAGCAAUUAAUAUGAAGAAACCUUAAUAUUAUCGUGACCAAUAAAUUACAUCCGCUUUAUAUUCUUACAAACACUUACAUACUAAUCGUUUUAAAUAGUACACGAUAUAUUGAACACAUUCUGUAUUGAAUCUAUCUUGUUAUUAUAUAUUGUACAAUUGAUAAAGGAAUAAAUGUAAUUAUUUACAACGAA